AUGGUUUUGUUUUCCAAAGUAUUAAAUCUUACUACAGAUAAGCAUCAACUGCUACCAAAAGUAUCGCCAACAUCCUCCUCGAGGUCAUCAACAUGUAAUAUUUCCCCAGUUUGUUCUAGAAGUUCAACUUCUUCUUCUAUUACACCUACAAAAUCGACAAUUUCUCAGGCGUUCAAGAUUAAAAAACCAUCUUUAUUGCCUUCUUCCAACACACCUUCCCCAAAAGCCGAUUAUUCGGUGAUUAUCAAAUUAGAGUCACCACCUAUUAUCCUAUAUGGCACUCCCACAGAAUCAACCGGAUCGAUAUUAUCCGGUCUUUUAAGAUUGGUCACGGUGUCAAACGUCAAGAUAGAAACAGUUACUUUGUCCUUGGUGCAGACGAUCAAGUAUACUAAACCGUUUGUUCUACCAAACUCAUCAACCGUGGCGAAUUGUCGAGACUGCGUAUUCAAAACAGAGGUAUUGGCAAGAUGGGACGUUUUAACUACUCCUACAGAUUUCCCACUGGGUAAUCAUGCUUACCCAUUUUCACACCUUCUCCCGGGAUCCUUGCCUCCAACAUCAAAACUCGGCUCGUCUCACUCCCAGUCGUUUAUAAAAUACGAUCUCAUAGCUGAGGUUGUUACUACAAAUCCAGCAAACAGCAAGAAAUUGGUGCUCCCUAUAAACGUAUCAAGGCUGACGUUAAGGGGACCCGAUCGUAACUCGUUGAGGAUAUUUCCGCCAACAGAGGUAACUGCAACAGCAGUCUUGCCUAAUGUCAUUUACCCAAAAUCAACAUUCCCAAUAGAAUUAAGACUAGAUAAUAUGGCAAGUCCCUGUCUACUCCGAAGGUGGAGAAUGAAAAAAUUAUCAUGGAGAAUAGAAGAAAGUGUAAAAGUGAAAGCCUAUGUUUGUAACAGCCAUAUUAAAAAGCUUAAAACAUUAGAAGAAGCUCUACAGAAAAAUCCACCAAAAAAGGAAAAAUCGUCAGGGAUGCAUCAUAGCACUAUUCAAACAAACAUAUCUUUACUUUCCAAUUCAUCCACUCAAUUAUUAUCAUCAUCGUCAUCAGCAUCGUCAUCAGCAGCAGCAGCAGCAGCAGCAGCAGCAACAACAACACAGGGCCUGUCAUUGUUACUGGAGAACGGUUUGCAUGAUAGUGAGCCUGUUGAUGAUGAAGAUGCGGGUUUGCAUGAUUACGAGGAAACCAUUCAUAAUGGUCCCUUGCAAGCACAUCGGACCUUUAUUGAAGAUUUUGGUGGAACAACUGCUGGAGCAAGCGAAUCAGUUGGUUCCGAGGCAGUAACGCCACAGGUUUCAGUGGCGUCGCAACAGCGACAAACUGAAGAUUUAACAAAGCACAUUUUUUUAGAAGAAACAAGAACAGUAAGUUAUGGAGAUAUUAAAUCUGGCUGGAAAUCGGAUUUUUCAGGUUCUGGUAAAAUCGAAAUAGUUGCCAAUAUAAGUGCCCAUAAAUUCUCAACGGGGUCUAAUAACCACAUAGUUGAAGCAAGUACUAGUGAUCAUCUUAAAUUGAACGCUAGUGACUUCAAAACUGGAGCCAAUGUGUCUUGUGACAUCGAUGAUCCGAAUCUCGGGGUGUUUGUUAAUCAUACGUUAGUCAUUGAGAUUGUUGUUGCUGAAGAAGUUGUGCAUCAAGUUGAUGCUCGUCAAAAAAUGGCAAUGAAUGGAUUACGACCUGCAAGGUCUAAUACAAGAGGUGGCCACAUUUCAAGAAGGUCUUCUUCCUCUGGAUCAGCGUAUGCUCGAACAAACAACAAUAACAACAACAAUAACGACACCACAACGACAACAGUAACAUCAUCAUCAGCAGCAGCAUCAAUAGCUGAUGCAGACUCCCCAAGGUUGACACCGGUAACCUCACAAAGCUCACAAUCACAGCAUAUUCAAAUGGGGGUACCCACUGGAGCAGCUCGAGUAUUGCGUAUGCAAUUCAAACUACCAGUCACAGAAAGAUCAGGAUUAGGUAUUGCAUGGGAUGAUGAAGUCCCACCAACAUAUGAAGAUAUUAGAGCACUAAGCCCACCACAUUAUCAGGAUCAGAAUAGUUCAACUGACUUACCUACACCACCCACUACUGCUUGUACAAGUACGGAUAGACAUACACCCAAUAUUUUUUAUGGGCGUGGUGAUACACCUCUUGCAGGAAGUUUUAGUCCCAUGCUGCCACAUGGUGUGAGUUUAGAUGAGCUUGUAGAUAACAUUCAAGAACUAUCUAUAUGA